GUCCUGUAGUGCUUUGGAAAAACACAGCUGCUCUUGUAACUUGUAUGCUUCUGCAACAAUGCACUUUUAGAAAGCUUGUUAGUUUAGCCAAAGUCAAACCAGACAGAAAGAACAGAACAGAAAAGAAAAGUGAAGAAGUGAGAUAUAAGUAGAAUAAUAAGCAGCAGUGGGAAAGCUUUAUCAAUCUGCACCUUCUACUGAACUUUCAAGCUUAUAAAUCCACAAUGUCAACUAACACACAGAAGACCAGGAGCUGUCCCAUCCCGACCCGUGUGAUCCAGCUGAAGGACUGGUCCCAGCUCCCAGACUGUUACAGCCAGACUCCUGGAGGAACCCUGUUCUCCACCACACCAGGAGGCACACGUAUCAUUUACGACAGAAAGUUCCUGCUCGAGUGUAGGAACUCGCCGAUCGCUCGGACCCCACCCUGCUGCCUGCCUCAGAUUCCCGGGGUGACGGUUCCUUCCAAUCAUCCUCUGGGCAAACUGGAAGAACUGAAAGAAGAGCUGGAGGAGGAAAAGGAUGCAGCAGCUGAUGACAGCCAGUUCGAGAUGGACAUUUGAGCCUGUGACAUGCCUCCUGUGGAGAACGCAUUUCUGCUGGGACGCUGCUACAUUUCGCAUCGACGAGCUCUCACUGGAUCCGCUCGGUUCCGUUUGAAGGUUUUUUUUCAGAAACAAACACUCAGAGGGUGUUUUUCAUGUGUUUACAGCUUUACUUCAGGUAUUACAGUAUGUCAUCAGCGGUAUACAAAGAAAAGAGACUGUGGACGUCUGUGCAUCUUUUAAAUGAUUCUUAUUGUACAUAUGGUACUUUGUAUUUUUUUUUUAAGGGAAAUGAUUAGAUUUAUUUAGAAGGGUGGGGGGUAAUAUGGUAAAUGAAUAUACAUAGAUAUUUCAGAAGAAAGUAAUACGACAAACGUGCCAAACUCAAUCUGUAAGUGACAGAAUUCAUCAUAUUUUAAAAUAUGUUUACCCCAACGUAUUUUUCUUGCUUGUGAGGUUUUCUCCAGGUUGAGUUUUUAUUACUUUUAUUAAACUGUGACAUAAA